AUGUCCUCGAAGAUCCUGGUGCUACGUGUGGCGGCGUCCAUUGGGACCUGGCUCUGUCUGUCCAUGCCUUGCUCGAGCGGAUUUAACGAGCACUUACGUCUGUCGGAACGAUUUCUCGAGUUUGACGUGACGGCUCUGCAAAACGUUGUUGCCUCUGCAUCUGGUCAUUCGAUCUCCGAUCUUCAGGCCUUCACCAAGUUGGCAGAGGGUGGGUACAACCGCGUAUUUGAAGCCACCUUCAGCAAUGGGGAGACUGUGAUCGCGAGACUCCCGUACCCAAGCACGGUCCCAGAACACUACACCCUAGCCAGCGAAGCGGCUACCCUGGACUAUCUCCGCCUGCAGGGGAUCCGCACCCCAGAGGUGUAUGCCUGGUGUGGGACCAAGGCGAAUCCCGUCGGAGCCGAGUACAUUGUCAUGGAGAGACUGGAGGGAAUCCCUCUCGGCGAGAGAUGGUAUGCAUUGACACCCAAGGAGCACCACAAGAUUAUGAAACAGAUAGUGGAGUGGGAGACGCGGUUGAUGUCGCUGCAGUUCCCGGCAUCGGGGAGCCUCUACUAUACUCAAGAUCUUUCACCGGAAAGGAGGGUGCAACUGCCCGCUUCCAAUCUUAACGGUAAGCCAUUCUGUAUUGGACCAAUAGCCCAUUAUAGUUGGUGGCAUGACAGACGGGAUCAUCUGGAUAUCGACCGUGGACCUUGGCAAUCGUCCAUCGAGGUCUUCCGAGCGGCUGGCGAACGUGAACUGGCUUGGACCAAAGCCUACGCAAAACCACGCUUACCCUAUGAGCGACUCUAUAGAGAAAUCUAUGGUUUCCAGCGAGUCUCCCCCGAUAGUCACAUUGCUGAUCUCACCAACUAUCUCAAAUUGGCACCAAGCUUAGGGUUCCCCGCCGACUCACAGUUGAAUCGACCGGUGAUGCGCCAUCCUGACUUGCGACCGAACAACAUCCUCAUGUCUGAUUCGAAUGAAAUAGUCGGACUCAUAGAUUGGCAGCAUUGCUCCAUACUUUCUCUGGGAGUCGUUGCUGGAAUCCCAGCGCACUUCCAGAAUUACGGUGACCCGGAGUCGGAAAUGCUGAAACGGCCUCAGCUCAACCUCCCACCAGAUUAUGACUCUCUGCCCCCGUCUGAGCAAGCAUCCAUACGCGAAACUCACCGCAAAAGACUGAUUCAUUUUCUGUACGCUGCUCUGACCAAGAGAUUUAAUGAAGUCCAUUACGAUGCCAUUUUCGAUCAGUCGACCAUCCUCCGCCAACGGCUCCUUGAGGGCGCUGGUACGCCUUGGGAAGGAGACUCGGUAUCGCUGCAAGCAGAGCUCAUUCGAUCGAUUCAGAACUGGCCGGCGAUCACAGGGUCUGACUCGGCCGUCCAAGUGAGUUAUCCCGCAGAUGUUGUCCAGGAGAAUCUUGCCUUGGACGCGCGUCAGAAAGAAGCCGAUGCCGUAAUGGACGAGACGCGAAGUGCUUUAGGUGUCGAUGUCUUGGGCUGGGUGCCGAAUGAAGAUUACGAUGCUGCGAAAGCAGUGGCGCAAGAUUUGAAGACUAAAAUGCUUGAAGCGGCUGAGACACACGAAGAAGUGGUCGGUGUCCGAGACCAUUUCCCUUUCGAUGACUUCGAUGAAAGCGCUUGA